AUGCCCGAGGCGCAGGUCAGUUGCCGGCCCGGCUAUGUGGCGGGUGAUGCUAUAGCUGGGGAGCUGGUCAUCUCGGUGGUUCUGGAGGAGAUCUUCCUAGUGCACGACGUGAGCCUGGGAAAGCUGGAUGGAACGGUGCUGCGGAAGCGGGUGAAGGAGGGCCAUGGGGAAGAUAAGCUACACGACACCGGCCAGGUCAAGGUGAACGUGCGAUCCGUCACCUCCAACGGGGAGAAGCUUCCGCUGCCGCCCUGGGACCUCACCUUCCGCGCCGGAGACGGCGCGGUGUGCGACGCGCUGGAGGGCGCGGUGCUCACCAUGCGCAAGGGGGACGAGGCAAUGCUGCGUGUCUUGGACGCUGCGGCCUGCAGCGGUCUGGUGGCUUCGCAGUUGGAGACGCCCAUCGUGGUGCACCUCGCGGUGCUCAGCGUCGAAAAGGUCCCCGAGAAGUGGGACCUCUCCCACGCCGAGCGCCUGGACUUCGCCACCCGCCGCAAGGAGCUCAGCGCCGAGCUCUUCCGCCGCGGCAGGACCCGCCUGGCGGCCAGCCGCUACGAGGCGAUUGCUUCCUAUGUUGCUCGGCCGGAGGACUUCAAGGAGCUGCAGCCGCAAGCCGCGGAGCUCAGGCGUCAAGCCUGGCUGAACCAGGCUGCAUGCUUGCUGCUCCUCAGCGACCAUGGUAGGGUGAAAGAGCUCUGCGACAAGGUGCUGCAGGAGGAGCCUCAGCAGCCCAAGGCGCUCUUCCGGCGCGCCAAGGCCCAGCUGGGCCUCGCGCAGCACCAGGCGGCGGCCGGUGAUUUGCAGCGGCUUCUGGAGAUCGAGCCGCAGAAUUUGCCGGGGAGGCAGCUGCUGAAAGAGGCCAAGCAGGAGCUGAGGAGGCAAGACAGGCAAACCGCCGCCACCUUCGAGCGCAUGGUCAAGUCUCUGGGGUCGCUGCCGGAGCGCGAGCGCAAAGACGACGACUUGGUGGAGGCCCCGGACCUAGAUGCGGAGUACGAGAAGCUCGCGCAGCAGACGGGCGUGCCUCUAAACCGCCUGAAGCCAUAA